AAUGAUUUCGAACCGAACCUUCACUGAUUCGGGCUUACAGCUGAUGGUUAUUUCACUACGGUCGAGUUCAAGAGUUUGUAAAUUUGUAUUUUCGCCCUUCGUUGAAAUCAAGAAUCAAUCAUGUCAGGAAAAGACCGUCUCGCUAUAUUUCCUUCCAGAGGAGCGCAGACUUUGAUGAAAGGUCGGCUCGUAGGAGCACAGAAGGGGCACAGCUUAUUGAAGAAAAAGGCUGAUGCUUUACAACUUAGAUUCAGGAUGAUCCUGUCAAAAAUUAUCGAGACGAAAACCCUGAUGGGAGAAGUCAUGAAAGAGGCUGCGUUCUCGCUUGCAGAAGCGAAAUUCGCUUGCGGGGACAUCAACCAAGUAGUGCUUCAAAACGUCACAAAGGCGCAGAUCAAAAUAAGGACCAAGAAAGAUAACGUAGCCGGAGUCACACUUCCUGUAUUUGAAAGCUAUCAGGACGGUGCGGAUAAUUAUGAGUUCGCCGGGCUUGCGAGGGGCGGGCAGCAAGUGGCCAAGUUGAAAAAGAACUAUCAGUCUGCGAUUAAGCUUCUCGUCGAGUUGGCUUCAUUGCAGACUUCUUUCGUCACUCUCGACGAAGUGAUCAAGUUGACCAACAGGCGUGUCAACGCUAUCGAGCAUGUCAUUAUUCCAAGAAUUGAAAGAACGCUUGCGUACAUCAUUUCGGAGUUGGACGAGUUGGAAAGAGAAGAGUUUUAUAGGCUAAAAAAGAUUCAAGACAAGAAGCGAAUAGCUAGAGCUAAAGCUGAACUCGCAAAGGGAUUACGGCAGCACAGGGAAGCUGAAGCUGCCAAUAUCCUCGAAGAAAGAGACGAAGAUUUACUGUUUUAAAUGAGAAAUUUUAUCGAUUUUAUUUUGUUUCAAACAUCAACGGGACAGGAACGAAAACAUUCCAAGAUAUAUUUGUGCAGUCGUUAGUGUUGUGGUAGUUUUAUCAAAUUAGAUUUAAAAGAAAAAAUGUAUUAAGGAAUUUAUAAAUAAUAGUUCAAUAUUGAAAAAAAGAAAAAAAAUAACAAAAAAUGUAUGUAAAUAAUAGUCUCCUCAACCCUAUGUUAUGUUGAAUUUUUCUUUUGUAUAAGUUUUAGUUGCAAAUACUUUAUGUUAUAAAUAUUUUAUUGGUUUGGGUUAUGGUAUUUAAUUUAAAUUCAAAUCUUAUAGGUAUAAUGUAAUAGGUCAUGGUUAUUUCAUGCCAUAAAUGAAUUGUGAAAUAU